UGUGAGAACGAAUUAACUGAUAUUCAAUCCAAGAUGUCUGCGCCCAUGUAAAAAUGUUUUUAUGACUGGAAAAGCAUUUUUGAAUUAGUUUUAAAGUGAACCGUUUCUUUCUUAUCUUAUGACAAAGUAGAUGCAUACUGACAAUAUGGAGGGGUUAGGAUCUGUACAGCAGAAGGUCUCAUGUGUGUAUGAGACUACAGUGCUAAAUGAACACCCAAAACCCGUAAAAACCGUCCUUAAGGUUUGGCGCUUUGAAUAUAUUUAUAUUAAAGUUUUAAUACAUGUUCAGGUUGUAGCAUCUGAGAGAAUGAAACAAAAGGCAAUAGAUAAUGAUAUUCAUACAGCAAUAGUCACUGAGAAAUUGGAUGGAACUUGUGUAUAUAUUGCACAGUUUGAAGGAAAGCCAUGGCUAUGGGCGAGAUAUGACAGAAAACCAACUAAAGGUGCGGAGAAAAGAUUUAAGAAAUUUCAGCAGCAGAAACAAAAACAAGAGUCGGAAUUCGACAAAACCCCGUCGUUCCCGUUGGAGGAUACACCUGAGUACUGGAUCCCGGCUCUUGGAGUUAAGAUUAUAGAUGGUUUCCCAGUUCCUGAUGAUAUAGGACAUACUCCUGGCUGGGUACCAGUAAGUCCAUCGUCAAGGCAACAAUGCUGGCACCUCUCUGCAGUAGAUCUAAAUCUUGGACUGGCACUUGUUCUAAGGGUUGGAGAUGAUGGGGAGGGGUUAUAUAUUGACUGUGUUCACAUGUCACAACUAGAGGGGCAUACUGCAGAACUUAUUGGGACCAAUAUAAAUGGAAAUCCUUAUGGAAUUGGUAGUAAGAAAUUCCCCAUUCAUAUUUUGGUUGUCCAUGGUUCACUGACUGUCAGAAAUCCACCAGAAGUUAAAAUGGAGACCAUUAAAAGCUGGUUUCAACAAGAGGGUCAAGUGGAAGGACUUGUUUGGCAUUGUACCAAUGGUACUUUGUUCAAGCUUCAUCGUAACCAUGUAGCUUUACCAUGGCCAGUAGACUCCCCAACUUUGACCAAACGACGUGUUUCAGUUGCCGUGGAUACAACAAAAUAUGAAUUAGAUAAUAACGACAGUUUGAUAGCCAGAUUUGGAAAAUUUACUGGACAUUCGUGUGAAUCAUUGACAGACUUGACCAAUUUAUUAAUGUCAGAGGAAUGUGAUGUGGCUGGUUCCUGUCUCCAGGAACAGACUGGUUCCCCCCAAAAAAUGAUUGGUACCCAGUCAUAGCAUAGGGGAACCAUAUAAAAUAUUAUUUAUUGUUUAACUGUCUUGUAUAAAUGUUGUGAUCAUUUGUUACCUUCUAAAUUUCUAAUAUAGAGAUUUUUGUGUUCAUAUUUCUAAGCUUGUUCACUGGUUUAAGCAGAUUUUUUCCUGAAUGUUUAAAUCAAUAUAUGUUUUGUUAAGGGAAAUUAUAUCAUUAGUAUAUGAAAAACAUUAUUUAGAGAGAUAAAUGCACGCAGAUUCUGUGACUGUGUGAAGAUAUUGGUAAAUAACACAAAGGAUGUGGAUUUUUUUUUCUUAAUUUUUACCAUGAAACAAUUUUUUUCAUUAUGGUUAAUUCUCCUAUAGCAGAUAUUACUGUAAUGAUAUUAUUUAACCCACAGAUAUGGUGUAGAACUGGCGAUCACCACAUUAUAAACCGCAUAACUUCUAUUUUUUCCUUUAUCCCAAACAAUGCAUAUCUUUAAAAUUUAUUUGAGCUUGUGACAAAAAUGGUAUUUCACAUGUUUUCAGCAAUCAACAUAUUGUACAAUACUAUUACAUGAUCUUCCCUUUUUACCAAUAAUUACUUAUCUCUGGUUGCUUUUUGCAGAAAUGAGUAUAAUCAUGUUCUGUUUACAGUUUAACGUAAAAUCUACACAUUUAAAAUAUUUUACACUAAAACUUUGUUGUUUAGGCGUAUGACUAAAAUAUGUCAACAUUGACCACUUUUAACACUGGUUUCAUGGAAAUACGCCAUUACCAUGAAAUAAAUGAUGGCGCAUAAUAAGUGAUGUUGAGUAUACUAGAUUUAUUUAAGUCAUGGUUCUCUCUUUUAAUGUAGUCAUGAGCAUUUGGUCUAUAAAGAUCAUGGACUUCUGUUCAUUUUUAGCUCGACUUUUUUUUUUUUGAAAAAAAAAGUAGAGGUAUUGUUAUAGUCAGGUCGGCGUUGCCGUUGCCGUUGCCGUCUCCGUUGCCGUUGCCGUUGCCGUCCGAAAACUUGUACCUGGAUCAUAACUUUUUUAUUUCUUGGUGUAUUGUCUUCAUACUUGGCCACAACAACCCUUGGGACAAGACCUUUCAGUAGACCACACUAACCUUGACCUUCAUCCAUAAAUGACCUUGACCUUCAAGGUUAAAAGUCCAAUUUUUGCUUGUUCAUGCUGUUAUUGGCUGUUACUUUGUUAUUUUUGAAUGGAUUGUCUUCAAACUUGAACAUAAUAAUCUUCAAGGAUAUCCCUUAAAAAUAACCAGUCAGACCUUGACAUUCACUCAUCAAUGACCUUGACUUUGAAGGUCAAAUUAUUGAAAUUUUCAUUUUUUUGGCUAUUAUUGGCUGUAACUUUGUUAUUUUUGAAUGGAUUGUCUUCAAA